GAACAGAAGAUUGAACAAAAGUACAGCUUUGGGAAAGGGGAAAAUGGCGAUGUUGUUUCUUGUUAUUAAAUCCAUUUAACAUUAGAGGCUCUCGUCGGUUCGAAUGGUCUAACAAUACGGAUGUGAAACGAAAUUAUGCCUUUCAUCGAAAAGCCCUGAGGACACACAAUGACAGCUAAUAUGUACAGGGUCGGAGAUUAUGUGUAUUUUGAAACUACAAAUAUUACACCUUACCACAUUCGACGGAUUGAAGAAUUAAACAAGACUCCCAAUGGAAACGUAGAAGCCAAAGUAAUGUGUUUUUUCAGGCGUAGAGAUCUCCCUACUUCUAUAUUAGCCGUUUCAGAUAAAAAAGAAAAAACUGAAGGUGAGCACUGGGAAUUAAGACAAGAACUUUCGACAAAACAAAAACACCAGUUAAAACAGAGGGAAUUGUUUUUGUCAAGACAAGUAGAAACUUUACCUGCUACACACAUUAGGGGGAAGUGUAAUGUCACCCUUCUUAAUGAAACAGAAUCAUUAUUUAGUUACUUAAAUAAAGAGGACACAUUCUUUUAUUGUCUUGUUUUUGAUCCUAAUCAGCGAAAUCUUACAAAUGAUAAGGGCGACAUCCACGUUGGACCUGAAUAUCAAGCUGUACCACCACCGUUGUUAAAGAAAGGUGAAGUUGACCCUCGUUCUUUUGAAACAAUUGAAACAUUAUUAUGGACACCUGAGCACAAUCUCACUGAUAAACAAAUUGAUCAGUUCUUGGUUACAUCAAGGUCUGUCGGGACAUUUGCAAGAGCCUUGGAUUGUUCAAGCUCAGUAAAACAACCUAGUUUACACAUGAGUGCUGCUGCUGCUUCUCGUGACAUAACUUUGUUUCAUGCUAUGGAUACAUUACACAAACACGGUUAUAUAUUAUCUGAUGCCGUGAGUUCACUGGUUCCUUCAACUGGGCCAGUGCUUUGCAGAGAUGAGAUGGAAGAGUGGUCUGCUUCUGAAGCAAACAUAUUUGAAGAAGCUUUAGAAAAAUAUGGAAAAGACUUUAACGAUAUCCGACAAGAUUUUCUGCCAUGGAAAAGUCUAAAAAAUAUAAUUGAAUAUUACUAUAUGUGGAAGACAACAGACAGAUAUGUUCAGCAGAAGAGGGUGAAAGCAGUAGAAGCCGAAUCUAAACUAAAGCAAGUGUAUAUUCCUAACUAUAGUAAACCCAAUUCUGCAUUGAACAAUAAUAAAGGAGGAUUAGUCAAUGGUACAACUGAAAUGAUUAGUAGUAAACCUUGUGAAUCUUGUACUGCUACAACAUCCAACCAGUGGUACGCAUGGGGUCCUUCUCAUAUGAAAUGCCGCCUUUGUCACUAUUGUUGGGGGUAUUGGAAACGCUAUGGUGGGAUUCAAAUUCCAAAUUCGCUUUGUGGUGUUUCAGGUGGAGAGGACAUCGACUUAAAAAAGAAACUGGGAAAUAUGUCAGACGAAGAACGUACUCCUACAAUGCUAACUUCACAUAGACCACAUCGCUGUACCAUUUUGGGAUGUGCAAAGGAAUUUAAAGUGAAAUCUCAACUUGCACGGCACUAUGCUACAAUUCAUGGGUUGGCUGUGCGUACUGGUUCUCCCAGACCGAUAAUGAAAACAAGGACUGCUUUCUAUUUAGCGACUACACCAUUGACAAAGUUAUCAAGACGUUUAUGCCGCAAUUUAGUUUUGUCAAGGCAUGCAGCACGAUCCCCGUUCUGGUCUAUCAAUAUUCAAGCUAUUAAACAAGAAUGCCAAAUUCAAAUGGCAGGCAAAUCUGCUGCCGAAUUGCGAGCGUUGCUCCACUACAGGAGAAAAGAGAGAGGGAGCGUAACAGGAAUCGCAACACGACUAGGCAUCGCAAGAAAUCACGAACUUGUCGUCCCUGAAUGGUUAGCUCCCACUGAUCCAGACAAACUGCCAAAAUCCGAACGAAUUGCUUUUCCCAAACCUCCAAAAGCUCCAGUUGGAAAUGUUCUAGAUGGCAGCCUACUUUAUGAAAGGAUUCCGAAUAAACCUGAGUUAGAAAAACCAUUGAACAACACUCCUUGUUCUGGUACCAAACGGAAACAUUGUGAAGAAGUCAAUGGAAUAGAUGAUAUGGAAUGGAAUGAAAGUAUAGGGGUUUUGUCAGUACAUGAAAGCGUACCAAGUAAAAGAAUGUCCAGAGAUAUUGUUGGUGGUGGUCCUAUUGGUCCUAGGACGAUUAUAAACCAUUUGAAUGGAAAAGCCCGUGUUACUACGAUGUCAAGAACUGGAAGAAAACAAGUCAUAUCUUGGAUGGAUGCUCCUGACGAUGUUUAUUUCAGAUCUACUGAAUUGACAAAGAAAGUGAGGCGUCAGUUGACUGGAAUUCAGUUGAGAAGAGCGGCCAGGAAACCAUGGAGGAAGUUGUCAGCAAAAGGCAUGGAAGAUAUGGUGGUUGUACUAGAAUGACAGAGCGAAAUGUGGCGGGAAUCCAUGCGCCCGCCACAUUGAAAAGCAGAAGAAAUGAAGAAUUGAGUGGAUGGAAGAAUUUAAUUUUGGUGUCGUAUAAUUUGUAAAUAUAUGUUCCAUUUUUAUUUAUAUUUAACUGUAAGUAGGAAAAUAGGAGCAGUUUGAAAAAAGUACUUUGAUAACCUUUGUAUUGACUGUUGUAUUUUUUAACAUUUGUACUGACUGUUGUAUUUUUUAUUUAUCCUUUCUUCCUUUGCUUUUCUUUUUUUUUCUAUUUUGUGAAGUUUUUUUAUUAUAUUCUAUAAUCUAAUCUGUACAUUGAAGUCUGAAUUAAUCGGAUAUAGUAAAUUAAACUAUCCAUGAUUUGUUAUUUUUAAAAAAAACUUGAUUGGUUAUGCCUAUAUAAAGACAAAGAUGAAUGCCGGAACUGCCACCAGUAUAUAGCAAUUGUUCGAAUGAAUUGUGACAGGUCAUAAAUAUGUUAUACAACAGCUAUAAUGCCUCAUUAUUUUCUUCUGUGAAGACUGGCAUAUACAAUGUAUAAUUGUAAUACAUUUCCUCUUUUUUGCAAGAGGCUAAUUCACAUUUUUUGGCCUUCGAAUAGUUUGGUAUAAAGGAUUAAAGGCAUUACUGGAUAGUUAACGAUCGGUUCGGAAAAUUUACAUUUUUACCUAAGUGAAAUGUGUAAUGUAUAUUCAUUUUAUUUCGAAUUUUGAUAAAUGUUAGAUCUACAUUUAUGUGGUACUGAGCAACAUAUAUACCCAAUAUCGCUUUUUAUAUAAUGGUAAAUUUCAUUAUUAACUAGUAAAAUUUGUCUUUAAAUUUAAAAGUAAUGCCUUUUGGUCUCUUUUUUUAGUACAAAUGUGAUUUUUAUAGUUUAUUUUAGUAAUUAUAUCUGUAGAAAUUUAAUAGCUCACUGUUUGUGUAUAUCUUUAGGCAAAUCGGUAAAUUAAUUUAUUAAUUUCCCUACUGUAUAUCAUGUACAAAAUUAUUAAUUUAAAAAAAGCCCGGGAAAACGUGAUAUUGUACAAAAUGUGUGCCUAAAAUUCAGCUUGUUGUAAUCAAAAAUUAUUUGAUACUUAACGAGACAUUAUUUAUAAAACUGGUCUUUCUCUCUGCAUGUCCAAAUCUGCUAGGUCAUUCUUCAUUUUUUUCCAGUGUUGCAUUUUAUUUCUUCAGUGUAUUGUCUGUAAUGUUUUUUCAAAUAUCCUUGGUGUUCAAUCUAAUAGCAUUAAAUAUAGUGUAAGAUAAAAAAAAAAAAAAAAAAAUACCCAUUGUAAGUUUGUACAUAGGUAUCAUUUUUCUAAUUUAUUUUUUAACCUUAGCUAAAUUCUUGGGUAGAACAUAAAAAAAUUGACAAGUACAUUAAGUUGAUUUUUUUUUUCUUCAGCAUUUAUAAUUGUCAUUAAUUGUGACUAUUAAAUUUUUUUCAUUUGUUUAGACCAAUUGCAUCAUUCCCAGGAUAUAAAUUACGUUGAGGUUUAGGUAUUUUCAACUUAUUAGCUUCUUUUUAAUUUUAAUUAAACAAAGUUUAUGUUGUUUGUAUUGUUUUUAUUACAUCGCUUGCUUGUCAGAAAUGAUUGUCUUAAUAAGUAAUGAAAACAAGGUUGUGUUGAUAAACAGAUGAUUAGAUAAGAACUUAGCACUAAAGAUGUAUUUAUGUUUGUUAUUUUUUAAUUCUGAAGAAAUGGAAAUAAGAGUAAAUCACUUCUUUUUUUAUUGAUUUAAUUAUGUGUUUAUAAGUCCUAAGUAUCAAUAAAAUUAUUAUUAUUCUUAUUAGGAGUUUUUAAUAACAAGGUUGUUACAUUGUUUCUCUUUAUGAAAAAUGCAGACAGGCUUUAGUAUGUAAAACUGGUUUACAAGAACAGCCUACCAUUUAACACCUCUUAAUUGUUUUGAAAUGACUUCUUAAUUUUUUUCCCCAACAUAGGUUAUUUUGCAAAAUUUAAAUGUUUUGUAAUAUAAAAAUUAUUAUUAACUAUCAAAAAGUAAAAUAUCAAAUAUUUUUUAUCUAUGUUUUAUAAGUGGUAGUUCUUUUUUUUUUUAAAUAUACUGAAAUUAUUAUUUUUCUGUAAUAGAUAUAUCAUUUUGCUUUUGCAAAAUUGGGGUGCUUCAUUCAUUAUUUAUUGUAUUUAUUUAUUUAUUUCGCUUUGUUGGUCAAAUUAUCAAAAUAAACAACACUUUUUGAACUUCUACGUUUAAUUACAUCACAUUGAUAUAUUAAAGAUAUUUUUGAUUCAAGGUGAGCUUUAAUAUACAAUAUAAAAAUCUUAAAUUGUUUCAUCCUGUUCGGGUGUAUGCACAGUGAACAGUUGUAAUUUGAUAUUAUCAUCUCAGUGUGCCUGUCUUCACCAGCGCCUCGGCGUUUUUGUGAGGAUAGGCAGACCAAGAUGAACGGUAAGUAUCGAAUUACACAGUGUUGGGGAGGGGGUUCCAUUGAACGGAGUGUGCAAAUUUGCAUUUAUAAUAUAAUCAGCGAUAUAAUGGUGCAAUAAAAUUCUUGAACUUUUAUAAGGGAUCAAAACAACAAAAAUGUACACACUUGGCGAUAAAAUCACAUGUUGACAAAAAAUGCUUAAGUGUUGGGAUUUUUUUGUUUGUUUAAACUUUCAAUUCCGCCACUGUUUACUUUUCCUCUUUUAACUUAGAAGAAAAUUUAUUACAUUUCAAAAUUUGGCAUUGAUGUUUUAACGUCUAACAUUUUGGUCAUUUGUAGAAAUUUCCAUGAAAAGUAUAUUGGUAACAUUUGUAAGAAUUGACAUUUUAAAAUGAAAGAUUGUAUUUUAUAUUCAGUUGUAAACAUAGUAAUUGUUUACAGUAGGGAUUUUGAAAGAAUGAAAGAGAUUUACUAGGUUUAUUUCAUUGAAUAGUUUUUCUAUUUUGAAUAAAUUGUUGAUGCCAGUGAAAACCGAUAUUUUCCGUUUUACUAUAUGUAACCAAUGCAAUAAUCAGAAUGUGAUAGUUUUUUGAUAGUGUAUUAUAUUCACUGCAAUAAGUUGUAAUUUCUAUGUCAUUUUGGGCAAUGACCCUUUUUUUAAACCAGUAUGACGCAUAUGUAUAUAAUACUAAUAAAUUAUGAAAAUGAAGCAUUUCUUGAUAAUGAUUCUUUACACAGUUGUUUUAAAAAAUUGACAUUUUAGUAAGUUUUGUUUUAAAAAUAUGUAACUUUACUUCAAAUUUUAUUAAAAUAUUUUGAUAUUUUUUUAACAUGUAGAUUCAUUUUUACCUACAUUAGUAUGUAUUUAUCACAUCUUAAUUGUAUGCAAGAAGUGUAAAAUGAAUGUUUCCCUUGAUUUCAAUAGUUCUAGUGCUGGCUAGUGAUUUUUCGAGAUGUUUGAAAACAAAAAUUUCACUCAAGCAACAAAUUGUUUCUAUGUUUGAUAGCUUUUGAAGAAGUACAUUUUCAUUACUUUCAAUGUGUAGUGUUUUCUCGUUUUAAUAAGCAAUUUCUUCUAUGAGUAGUGAACCUUUUUGUAAGAGGUUUGUGUAACAUUGAUCCACUUUUAUUAACUGUGAUUUAUGUUAUAGCUCAUUGUAAGAAAAAAUAAUUAAAGAAGUGACUCUUUAAAUGUGCUAACUGUUUCAUUUUAUAUGUCAAUUAAUUUAUCCAUCCACUCAAUUUUUAUUUUACAGUUUUUAUUACUUGGGACGAUGAAGUAGGCAAUAUUUUCGUUUUUCUGUUUUAGUAGUACAACAAAAAAAACCCUUUAUGUUGACAUAAAUUUGAUGUGCUGCACUUAGUACAAAUUUUGAGGAAAUAAAAUGGAAAAUCAUCGAAAUAAUUGUGUCUAUAUACCGCUGGUUGGUUAUUUGCAAAUUGUGAACAGACUGACUUUUGGAUUGAUAAAAUGUUAAUUCUGUUUUUUAUUAUAAGAGAUGUGCUUUAAAUUGAUAUUCACUAUUUGUAAUAUAAUGGUUUUUUUUUGUUAAUUUUAAUUUGUAAGUGUUUGGUUUGGAAAUCUCUAGCACAAAUUGUACAAAUAUAUUAGUUGUGCGUUAUGUGGUUUCAAAACGUACUUAUAUAUAUAUAUGCUUCAAAUUAUGUAUGUAUAUAUAACAAUUUUAAUUGCACAUCUGCCAAGCACAAAUUGUAAAUUUAUAACAAAAAUACGUAAUCAUUUUUAAGAAUAUAUAAAUAUUGUUAAUGUAUGGUGCUCACUUGAGUAUUUUCUACUGUAAUGUACAUUUUUGGCAGUGUUUAAUACUGUUGGCGAAUAUAAAAUUUUGUGCCCAA